CAGCCCGCAGCCCGCUUGUGUCAUGUGAUCGAGAAGUGCCGGAGGCCUGAGGCGGAGGGGGAAGCGACUCCUGCGGGGUCCCUGGCGAAAUGGAGGCCACCUUGGAGCAGCACUUGGAGGACACAAUGAAGAAUCCAUCCAUUGUUGGAGUCCUGUGCACAGAUUCGCAAGGACUUAAUCUGGGCUGCCGUGGGACUCUGUCAGAUGAGCAUGCUGGGGUGAUAUCUGUUCUUGCCCAGCAAGCAGCUAAGCUAACCUCAGACCCCACUGAUAUUCCUGUGGUGUGUCUAGAAUCAGAUAACGGGAACAUUAUGAUCCAGAAACAUGAUGGCAUCACAGUGGCAGUGCACAAAAUGGCUUCUUGACAUCUCAUAUCAGUUCUCCAGCAGCCUGUCAUAGGAACUCAUUCCCACCUAUGUUAAUUAUUUUCCAGACUAUUCAAUUUUAAGUAGUUAGGCCACUCAUUUAACAUGCAUUGGGUACUUCUCUAUUAAUUUUAGAGUAAGCUGCUUUUUUACACUCUAUGGACUGACUUAUCAAAAUAUUACUAAGAAAGGAUCAUGUUUUGAAGCAGCAAGUCCAGGUCACUUUGUAUAUAAAAUUUUUUUGUGUUCAAUAAAGCUGGUUGGAGAAAAG